AUGGCUGUUAAAGGGUAUGCUAGUGAUUUUCACCAAAAAGUUGGAAAUGAGGACACUUUUGAUAUGGUUCCUGGUAAGGAUGUGGCAUUCACAUUGAAAAAUGUCACAGACACCGAUGCCACACGCUUUCGCUGCACAUUUCUCAGCUCCUUUGCAGCACCCAAGAGUAUCAUUCAGGUGGAAAUGAAAGGUAAAUGUAUGUCUAAUGACACCCCCUAUAAAAGGAAAGGCCCGAGAAAAUUCCCUAUCACUCUAUCCAUUAAGCUUAUACUUGAUGAAAAAAUAUCCUGCUUUACCUUUCUUUUUACCUUUGUUUUUUUUUUUUUUAUAUAUUAUUAACUCUUGCAAAAUAAAUAUUUUGGAACAUUUCGGUUUGUUUCUUUGCUAGUUUGUCUCUAGUUGCCGUCCUUAGCUCUGAUACGAUGUCGUUGUUUUAUUAGUGUUCGUUUGGCUACCAAAUCCAUUCUUACAACUUGUGACUUUCAUACUUCUUCGUGAACCAUUAGCAUGGAAUGUUUGGUUGGUUUGAUACUCUAAAAAAUGGGUUAACAGAAAUAACUACACUCAUGUUGACCAUCUCUCUUUCGUUUCAGGUAUUCCCUUAAAAGUUCGUCUUGUUGGUGGAACGUCUUCUAACAGGGGUAGAGUAGAAAUAUACCGAAAUGGACGUUGGGGAACUGUAUGUAAGAAUGGCUGGGAUAUGCCAGACGCGUCAGUUGUUUGUCGAAUGUUGGGAUUCCCUGGGGCUUGGACAGCUGGCUGUUGCUCUAAGAAUUCAGGGGGCCGUGAUCCGAUUUGGUUAAGUGAUCUGUCGUGUACGGGUCAAGAAGACACGUUAUCUGAAUGCAGCCAUAGUGGAUGGGGUGUCAAUGAGUGCGAUCAUACCCAAGAUGCUGAAGUUAUAUGUCACAGUCCAGCAACAGAAAAACCCACAAAGAAACCCUUACGAAUUUCCAGUGUGAAACCACGGCAGUCACAAAAGACUCCCUCCACAGCAGAACAGUCAGCUUCACACUUAAUUGUGAAAACAACCGCACAACCAAUUUCAUCAUCAAUUUCUUCUAGCGCUGUUUUGUUGAAAGGGCAGAAAUCUUCAUCAUUGCAUUUGUCGAGUGCUGGAGCCUUGUCGACACCAACUACUUCCACUGCAACUCAAGUGACAAUGUCACCAGGAAGCUCUUUUACAAUAGUUGUUCCCACAGUGAUAUCGCCAAGUUCACCUUCACUGACCGUGAUGCAGAGCUCAGCCACUCCAACUUUUCCGCCUGGUAUGUCAGCAUCAUCAUUGUUCUCUUUCCUUAGCAGAAUCUUUUUGACUGAACAUCCCUUUUAGUUUUCCCUCAACAUGCUUACAUUUGAGUUGUGCUAUGUCUGAUUCGACUAGACUCCUUUUCAUUGUUGAGUAUUACACACUAGUUAUUUAAAAGAGAGGAGAAAAAUGCUCUUAUAUUUCUAUAAAAGAAUUUCCUAUUUAAAAAAAACAUGUACGUAGAUUUGAAUCAGAUAGAGCGCUAUUUUCAUUCAAUUAAACAGCUCCGAUGGUGCGUUUGAGAGAUGGUGGCUCUCCUGAUUUCGGGCGAGUGGAGAUCUAUCAUAAUGGUACUUGGGGUACAGUGUGCGAUGAUAGUUGGGAUAUCAACGAUACUGCUGUAGUUUGUCGAAUGCUUGGCUUCAAAUACGCUUGGACUGCCAUCUCAUUUGCUGUGGAAAUUACCACGGACGAACUAGAUCUUUAUGGUACAGGACCCAUUUGGCUCGAUGAUGUUAAUUGUUUCGGAAACGAGAGUUCUCUAAACGAGUGUGGCCAUAGUGGUUGGUUGGUUCACAAUUGCGAUCACUUGGAAGAUGCUGGAGUUUGGUGUGGUAAUAAAACAAGGGGGGCAGAUAUUCCCGAAUCAAUAGUGGUCCCUGACAUAAACAAGCCUGUUAGACCACCGUGUAAGUAUCAUGAAUGUGCUUACAUGUCACUGAAAAACAUAAGGAACUAUUCUAUUUGUUCGUCCUUAGACAUAACAUUUAUUUCAUAGAAUUUUUGCGUUCUUUAGAUGUUCAAUGUGUAGGCUAGCUCUCGUGUGUAACAGCGAUAGUCAGAGGCUCGAUUCCUCGUAGUGUGCUCAGAUUUUCUUUCUUUGUCGCAUGUGGACGGUCACAACAAAACUAGAAAUAUCACUUUGUGUUACAAUUGAAGACUAUUUGAGAACGUCGUGUGCUACCACCAUAGAAAAAAAAUCGUGAGACCAAAGUAGCAUCCAGGAGCAAAGUCUUUCCCGCUUGUUUUUCAUCCUUUUAUCAUACAUUUCCAAUUUCUCAUAAUAUUGAGUUUAUUUUUUUCCUCAACUAAGCUGUUCAAGUUCAAUUAGUCAAUGGAUCAAGUGAUCGGGAAGGUAGGGUCGAGGUUUUCUACAAUGGAGAAUGGGGAACUGUGUGCAACCAUGAUUUUGACAUUCGAGAUGCGGAAGUCGUAUGUAGAAUGAUGGGCUUCCCUGGAGCAGUCUCUGCAGAGGUAGGAGGAAGAUUCGGUCCAGGUAAUUCCACUCAGAAGAUUUUGCUUGAUGACUUAUGGUGCACUGGACAGGAGACCUCAUUAGCUACCUGUUCAUUCAGAAGAUGGGGAUCAAGUAAUUGUAAUCACAGUGAAGAUGCUGGUGUAGUUUGCAAGGAGAAAAUAAAAGGUAAUUCCUUAAUGCGCAGUUUGCAACUGAAUACACUUCACAGUUUUAUUGAAAUUUAAUUCUUCAACUGAAUCAAUGAGUUUCAAAAUAUGAAUAUGGGUGCCUUGUGAGAAAUUAGAAGCAGACUCAAGAAAAAGUAGGUCAAAACACUGACGUCUAAAGUAUCCUUUGUAUUGUAUGUACUUGGAAGUUUAAUUAGUUCCCCUCGUGAUAACUGUCUGUUAGCAUCGUGGUUUGUUGCAUGAGCAUUAUUUUCAUUCAGACUUUUAAUAGAUAAUUCAUUUUAUAGUGACAUUCUUUACUAAUACUUUUUUUUCCAAUUUAUCUAUCUUUCUCUUCAUUAAUUUUUAUAAUUAGUAUGAUUUUGUAAUUAAUAAAAUUCUGUAUUUAGUAUAAUUAAGUACCUGAACACUACCCGCCUAGAUUAGCUAAUGCUUUUUGCGGUGUAGUGUCAGUACAGAAAUAUUGUAGAGGGUAUUUUAGACAAAUAAAAUUAAAACAAAAAUUAAAACAAAAAAAAAAUUAAAUGAAAUGACUGAACUACUCUGCUUUAUUUUGAUUUAAUAGCACCAAUUGUGCGAUUGAGAGAUGGAGAUGAUGUGUAUGGCCGGGUAGAGAUCUAUCACAAUGGAAUCUGGGGCACGGUCUGCGAUGACGAUUGGAAUAUCAAUGACGCCACUGUAGUUUGUCGAAUGCUUGGCCUUAAGGAUGCUUGGCAAGCUCUCUCGUUUGGCGUGCUUAUGAAAGAACAGAACGCAAGUGAAUUUUACGGAACAGGACCCAUCUGGCUCGACAAUGUUAAUUGCCUUGGAAAUGAAAGUUCCCUUAUUGAAUGUGGUCACAAUGGUUGGUUGGUUCAUAACUGUGAUCAUGAGGAAGACGCGGGAGUAAUUUGCGGUGAUUCACUGCGGCCAAACGGAUUUCCAGAUUCCACAGUAGUAAAUGAUACUAACAAACCAGUUGGACUGCCUAGUAUGUAUGCUUUGUCUAAUAUAUGUCGAUGCUUUGCCAUCUGUUGUGCGGUGAAACCUCAAUUACAUGGUCACUCGCGGAAAAUAAAAUUUUAUUUUAGGAAUUCUUUGAAUUUUCACGCCUUUUCUUCCGCUACGUUGGAAUGGAUUUAUGAAGAAUUUAUCUUUUUCUUUAAAUGGUCAUGUAGUUCUGAUAUUUUCUUCCGCUUAACGGUCGUUAUAUAUAAGUUGAAAAAUAAAAGCAAUCCUUUGGGAUCAUAGGAAGGGUGACCACGACCCGCGUUAAGAGGUUAAACUUACGGGUACUUUGUGUUGUGUUUUCCUCUUCACAAAGAUUCAACGCUAAGAACCGCAGUUUUCCCUGGCUACAUGUAAUAAUUUUUCGCGCGGAAGAAUCUUUACCCUUUUAGUAACAUUUUUUAAAAUUUUAUCACUACAGCUGUUUAUGCUCGAUUAGUAAAUGGGUUAAGUGAAAGAGAAGGUCGUGUGGAGGUCAACUACAACGGUGAAUGGGGAACCGUGUGUCGCGACCUUUUUGAUAUUCAAGAUGCAGACGUCAUUUGUCGAAUGGUGGGUUUUCCUGGGGCUGUAUCUGCUGAAGUGAAAGGAAGAUUUGGCGCCGGAAAUACCAGCCAGAAAAUUUUACUCGAUGAUUUAUGGUGCAGUGGGAAAGAGUCUUCGGUGGCUUCGUGUUCAUUCAGAGGAUGGGGUUCGCAUAACUGCAGCCAUGAUCAUGAUGCAGGUGUUGUGUGUAAAGAGAAAUAUCCAGGUAUAAACAAGGGUUUGGCAUGUGCAUGUGUAUGUGUCGUGCGUAUACUGUAGGCUUUAUAUUUAAAGGGAACGUCACUUUUCAUAGAAGGAACGAGGAAAACAAUUGCGUUAACUGCGUUUGCCACUGGAACGCAUAAAUGGCAUCUGCAGUAAAAUUAACACACAUUCUACAGUUUGGAAAAUGCUGUGGCAUAAGGUGCAUUGUUAUCUUCUAAUAUUGUUACAUACAGAAUAAUCUUGAGCAGGCUUAUUUCUUCAUGCAACCCCACUUAUUUACAUUGAAUAGUGUGAAGCAGCUGCACGCAGAGCUGUACGAUAAUUCUCUCUAAAUCUCUUCAGGAAUUUAACAAUUUUCCUAGAUAUUAGCAAGUGUCAUUUGAUUAUUCAAACUUCUUAUUAUAAAAAAGCCAAUUUCCUGAAGUUUGGACGAUGAAAGACACAGCUUUAAGUAGGCUAAGGCAACAACACUUUCACAAGCAAUGGUUUAUUAUUACUCAUCAUCAGUGAUAGAGCUUGAGCUGUUGGAUGGAAAGUAUCCAAAUGAAGGUCGUGUUUCACUUUACUACAAUGGCCAGUGGGGUACGAUAUGUCAAGAUCAUUGGGAUAUGAAUGAUGCCCACGUGGUGUGUCGAAUGCUGGGCUACCCGGAAGCUUUUGACUUCUUCAACAGUACAAUUUUUGGGAGUGCCAUUGAUGGGCCAAUAUGGCUAGAUGACGUCAACUGCACGGGAAAUGAGAGCACGCUCGCAGCUUGUCCACAUGCUGGUUGGGGAAACAGUAACUGUGAUCACACGAAAGAUGUGGGGGUAGAAUGUGCUUAUGAUUACACUGUGAAUGCAAAGGGUAAGGUUGUCAUGUUGGUAAUCACUACAGUAUCUUCUUAGGUGCGACUAUAGCAUGUAAACGAAUAGAAUAACGAAUAGGCAACUUUCACUCGUUGACAACUGUAUUCAUGACAAGCUGUUAAAAAAAGGAACGUUCGCUACGCGUCGGAGCUGAGAGGGAAAUCGUUAGUUAACUUCUAGUGCUAUCCCCUAUCCCAAGAAAUUUUAUUCAAGUCUAGAGGAUAAAAUAUAAAAUAUGUUCUUUCCAUUUCUAAAGGGUGUGGUGUGACGUCCCAAUAUAUCCGUUUGGCAUAAGAAUAAGCUAGUUCACUCAAUUUACAUAAGAGGUUGUUCUACAUUUUCGUUUAACUCAUAAAAUCAAUGUUUGUUGGUAACGAAAUGUCUUCUUUUAGAUGCAAGCUGUAAUUUUGACAUCUGGUAUUGUGGCUGGGAAACUUCAGAAGACAACCGGGGUCUCGCAUGGACAAGAAAAUUUGGUCCAACUGUAACUGGCAACACAGGACCCUCUCAAGAUCACACCUCUGGAUUUGGUGAGAGCAUUUGGUAUUAUCACUUCUCAUGCAAUGGUUUAUGCUAAGAAUCGCAAUUCUUUCCCAGCAGUCCUUUUUUAAUUAACUUUUCACAGAAUUUUCCAAAAAAUGCUAAACCAUUUUUAAAAUAUUUUUAGAAUAAAAAAGUCGCUACUAUAAAGUAAAUGUUUAAAGAGAAGGCAAAAUCUAUUUUAGCCAUAUAAACUACUCCAUUACCUAAUUUGGAAGGAAGCAAAAUCAAUACCCUAAACGCUUUUAUUACAGGAUUUUACAUGUACGUAGAAGCUUCUGGACAAACCUUCGGUGACGUUUCGACGAUAGAGUCUCCACGCAUAGCCAGCAAUGGCAACACGACGUGUAUGGUGUUCUAUUAUCAUAUGUAUGGGCAGUCUAUUCACACACUCAGAGUAAAGGUUGGAGAUCAAGUUUUGUGGGAGCUUUCAGGCAACCAGGGAAACGACUGGCACAAAGCGACAUUGCCUCUUUAUUUUAACGACACUUAUAGGGUAAGAUAGUUUUACUUUUUCAGUGAUCCACAAAAUUUAAACAAGCAAGAAAUAUAUCGUUAGUGAAACUCUUCUUUUGAAAUUGAAAGACUUAAAACGAUUCCCUAUAUUUAGCUGAUAUCAUGGUCUAUUUAAUUGGGUUUUGGUAAGAGAGUUUAGUCAAUUACUAGCGCUGGUGACGAAUAAUGUAAAUGUUAAUCCAACGUCGCACAUCUGGACAAAUCUUGUCGGAAAAUUCAAAGCAAGGUGAUAUGGAUCCCUUGUUUGUUAUGAAGGCACUAUAAACAGGUAUGCAGACCAGGCAGUUAAUGGUUUGAACCUGCGAGUAACAUUUGAUCGUGAAGUUUCAUGUUUGAAACCAUCUCGCGGAUUCCACAUUCCCACGAUAACCGUGUCGCAAUCAGACCGAUUACCACAUUACGCCAUUAAAAACUAACGUCAGAGACAAGGACGGACCGAGCAAUAGACGAGGAGCAGUUUACAGGAUCUGCUGAGAAUACCGAUCUCCUAUAACAGUAGGUAAUUGAACUGAUCGGUAACAAAACAGAAGACUGGCUGAACACAAAGGAACGACGAGAAAAUGUGAAAUUAAAAAUCACGUUGCUGAACAUCAUCGACUUGCCAACCACAUUAUUGACUUGGAGUCUUCGCACUGCUUAACCUACGGUGUGGCUAUGGAAGACUCCCCUCAAAAAAUGUGAACAACAACUAACAGCACCAUAAAAAUUACCUCUGGCUGUUGGCGACAUUCACAUAGCAAGCAAACCAAACCGAACGACGUCCGCUCUUGGUUGUUACAGUGUCAGUCAUUUUUACCGACAACAGUCCUUUUCAGGACUACCCUCACCCGGUCGAUUAGUAUCAUUUUAUGUUUUUGAAACAUUCGCAUGUGAUUAUUAGAUUUUUGAUGUCUUCAACAAUUUUUUUUUUUGGCAGGUGAUAUUUGAAGGUGUCGUCGGCAGCACUCCACGCAGUGAUAUCGCUAUCGACGAUGUCGAGUUCCAGGAAAAUACAGAGUGCGAAAAGACGUCUGAAACUUUAGGUAAUGACCUCUGCGUGUAUAAUUGUGACUGAACAGCUUAUACAGCGUUAUAACUUGAUCACACGAGACGAAGUAGUGCGAUUAAAAAGAUUUUCUAAAAGAAACCUGCGGUUCCUCAAUUUUUUUCUUACUUUUUUUUGUUAGUUUUGCAAAUCUUUCUUUUUCUCAUGUUCAGUUACACCCAUAGUAUUUGGACUUUGGUUAUUCAUGACAUUUUUGACAUCACGAACAAAUGCGGUAUCAUGGUUAUUUGGUAUGAUUAUAAGAUCGAGGUCUUUGUAUUAUCAAUUGACGUCUUUCCAUCAAGUAGAUAGAUGUGCGUGUAUUUUGAGAGUGCAUUAAUUUCGUAUCCAUAGUUUUCGCACGUAUGAUCAGUGUUAUAGCCACACGCUUGAGCCAUUAUGGUACUCCCACAGAUGUGCUAUGGCCCCGAUGUUUGAAAUUAACAGCAUAAACUAUUUUCCUUUACUUUCAGUUCCACCAAGAAUCUUAUCGUUUUCAACAAAUCAAACAGCCGACCUCGGCAGCAACGUUACAUUAGUUUGCACCGUGAUUGGUCGUCCUCAACCUACCAUUGUAUGGAGGAAAAAUGGUAAAGUUCUCUUUGAGAGUCAGGUGACUGGUAAUAUCACUUUACUAAACAUCUCCCAGGCAGAUGAUGGAUUUUAUGAGUGUUCAGUAAGCAAUCAUUUGGCUUCUGAAUCAAGAACAAUGGAGCUUAAAGUUGAAGGUUAGUAGCUAAGCUCUUGACCCCACGAACAGUUCCAAGAGCGCUUCUUGCUUUUUAUAUAUAUAUAUAUAUAUUGUGGUGCUGAAGCCUUUAUGCCGGUAUACCGACUUCUCCAUGUUUAACCAUUUUAGGUCUAAAGGGAACUCCCAGCUCUUUCUUUUUUAAAUCAUUCCUUUAUUACAUGACCUGAAAUGGGUAAACAAAUUAUACAGGCUAAGGAGGUCUGUUAUUAAAUUAUUUUCAUUCCUUCCAAUGAACUUUUAUCGGUUUUACAUGAUUUACAAGGUUUGGUACCCUUUAGAACUAAUGGGCAUAAUGAGUCAGAUUAUGGAGAGAAUCUCUGACCAGAUCAGUUAACCUUUAAUGCUAAGAGGUUUCUCUACCGAUAGUGUUCUUUACCUUUACCUUUACGUUUGAAAACUAAUGAUGAACGCUUUGCAGGUUAUCCCAGGGACACUGCGAUUACAGCCAACUUCUCUUUCAAUGCGGUCGCCCGUGGUGAAGCUGUUGCCAUGAAGUGCUCUUCUUAUGGUUAUCCUACUCCAGUCUGUCGAAUUUACCGCGAAGAUAACUCGUUUAACACCAAUGAAAGUGUAUAUGUUAUUCAGAACUUCACUCCUAUGGAUCAAGGACGCUACCUGUGCAGCUGCUCUAAUGUUGCUGGUGUGGAGAAGGCGAAUAUUACACUUACUCUGUAUGGUGAGUACUCUAAGUAAUGUAAAACCCUCAUUAUGAAUUUUUACUUUAAAUAGAUGAUAUCAAGCACAUCGAGAAGAAUGACAUUUAUAAACACGUUUUUCUUUGCUCUCAUUAAUUACAUAUGAAGUAUAACUUGAAAACACAAUUAUGCGUGUGUUUUCUUACAGAAUCUCCAAAUAUCACGACCAUUCGUCCAGCCUAUCAACUUGUAAAUGAAACAAACACUUUUGAAAUCUUCUGCAAUGCGACGGGAAAUCCAACGCCAGCAAUAACAUGGAGGAAACUUGACAACACAAGCAAAGUAAAUUAUACAGGACAAACUCUGAGGAUAACAAAGGCUGAGAUAUCAGACUUUGGGAGCUACCAAUGUACAGCUGUGAGCGUGCGUGGCGAGAUUGUUUCAGCUGUUGCAAUGGUGGCGGUGGACAACUGUAAGUUUAAUAAUAAGUGAGCCAUAUUAAUGUGACAAACAAACCUAUAUCAGAGGCAUCAUUGGUUUUUGAAGGUAUAUGAGUGAAACUAACAUCAUCCUAAGGUUUAACUACUUUUGUAGUUGCAGCGAGUAUUAUCCACAGUCCACAAAACGUUACUGUCAUGGAAAAGGAAAGAAAAAAUGUCACCCUGUACUGUAAUGCCACAGGGAAACCAGUUCCACGGCUGUCCUGGAUAAGAGAAAGAGAUGGAAAAAUAGUGGCAUCCGGAAAUACUCUAGUAAUCUUAUCUGCUGACAGAUCACAUCGGGGUGAAUACAGAUGCGUUGCUGAUAACGGAGUGCGAAGUCCCGUCUCUAAAUCGGCAUAUUUGAACGUGCUUUGUAAGUUAAGAAUAUUCUGGAAUCUUGAAAUUGUAGAAUGUAAUAUUUUUUAUCACACGUAUAAUGAUUCUGGGAUUACUGCCAUACAAGUUUGCAGAAUCCUAUAUAAAAGUCGUUAACAGGGACAGAACUGAGUGACCAAAAUGCACUGAUCUCAAAUUUAUCGCCGCUGAUUUCAACCAGUAAACGUUUAAAUACUUGGCUUUUGGUUCUUCUCAGAGGUCUAUGGAUUGUGUGUCCAUGUGUCUUUUCCAGGACACCUCCCUCCCGUUGCAGUCCUCCUUUUUAUCCGAGGAUUAUCAAUAAGUAUUUACAUAUUAUUUUAAAGACUUUCCAUCCAGUGCUGGCGAAUGGCUUGCAUAACAGCUAAGAAUGAAAGGUGUAUUGAAAGUGGCUCCAUGCUCUGGAGCCCCGAGACUCAGCGCAAUGAUUUCCUUCGUGAUGUUCAGACAAUAGACUUAAAAACAGUCUACUUUUUGAGAGCAUUUUACAUCAAAUAAAAUAAAUGCCUCUCCUGUUGUUCUAAAAUUUUACCUUCUUUUCAAGAUCAUCCUUCAUCGACAAGACUAACCACCGACAGACUAAAUGGAGUAGUCGUUGGAAAUGGUCGCAUUGCAUUGACGUGCAUAACUGAUGCCAAUCCCCCUCCUAGUCAGUAUCAGUUUUAUCGCGAUGGUAUCUACCUCAGAACGAGUCUCAGUGGAGUAUAUGUCAUUCAGAAGGCCAGAUAUUUUGAUGCGGGAACCUACUUAUGUGUACCACUUAACACUCUUGGCUCCGGUUUCAACGGCACUAUCCAGGUUUUUGUCAUCGGUGAGUAAUCGUCAAAUGAAUAAGAAUCACUUUCCAUUCAAGAUGUCUCCAGGGCCUUCCGGUCUCAUGGCAAUGCGAGAAAACUGAAAACAGGAUUGAGCUCCAUGAGACUUGAUUAUUCUUAAAGAAAGAUAUAAUCCGAUUUAAUUAUUUUUUUUUCUUCAGGUGCGUUCUCCAUUAUUUAUUCUCCACGAAAUAUAACCGCCAACGAAAGCACAAGUGUGUCUUUUUUCUGUAAUGCCACUUCAUAUGCUCCAUAUGACCAUCUCCAUACCAUGAUCUCAUGGAGUAAGCUCGGAGACAACAAUAAAGUAUAUCAAUCAGGCGAACAGCUUGUUAUAAAAAAUGUGAGUCGAUACGACGGAGGAACGUACAUCUGCACAGCUAAGAAUGGACUUGGGCUUCCUGAUACUGCAGGAGCUGUUUUGAAUGUGUUGUGUAAGUACAAACCUGUUAUUUUGAUAUGGGAUACAUCAAUUUAUAUUCAGUUAGUUCUCUAGCUCAGGCUACGAUCUCGAUCUAAGUUAACAUAGUUUGGAGCUCUAUGGGAUCCUAUCCUCUUUAAAUAAAGUGCAACUGGAACGUGGGACCUCACUAUCACAAGCCUCUUUAUAACAGGGUUUCACUGUACCAUACUACUCAACAUGAAUACCAAUGAAUACAGCCUUAGAGUAGGCGGUGUCAAUAAUAAUGUUAUCACAUGUUUGAGUCGUACUCACUGCGGUUGAAUUUUUUUCUCUUUUUUACAGAUAAACCAUACAACACCAGACUGGAGGCAUCAAUUCCAGAUAAUGUGGCAAUAAUCAACUCAUCACUGAUCUUGAAUUGCACUGCCAAAGCCAACCCACCGGUUACUUCGUAUAAAAUUUACCACGAUAGCAUCCUUGUGUCCAAUACUUCCAGCGGCGUUCUCAACAUCACACACGCCCUGGCUGAACAUAAUGGAUCUUACGUCUGUAUACCUUACAACGAGUUUGGUGAAGGCGAAAGGGCAACUUUAAACGUGACCUUUACAGGUGUGUAAUUUUUUUACUUUUUAACAUCUAGCAGUAGCUGACAGAUUUUUAAGCCAAUCUAUCAUGAGAAAAAGUAGAUUUAAAAAAUAAAAUGAAGAAUUGCAUAAUGGAUACUUUUGCUCUAAAGGAAACUUAUCGCACCACUAGGUUAGUGGCUAAAUAUCGGAAAGUUUCCUCAGUCUAUAAACGGCUUUUUCGAUGUUGUUUCAUUUCGUCUCUUUUGUAAAACAGGACCGUGUGGUGCUAAACGAGUACAUCAUACCUGGUCGCCUCAGAUUGUGGCUGGAGCUUACGCUAAACUAGGGGAAUGGCCGUGGCAGGUACAGCUAGGAUACUCUGAUAACACCGAAAGCAUCCCUCAUCUUUGCGGUGGUUCCAUCUUGGAUCAUUACUGGAUUGUCACUGCAGCUCACUGUCUGAAACGUGAGCUUCAAGAAAAACCCCCAGCCAAUUUUAAUGUCACUGUUGGUAAGCAUUCAAGUCACUUAGAUUACUCAAGAGGUGCUGCGAAUGCUCCCUCUGGUUUAGUUUGAAUAUUUCAAAUUGUAUUUAAUGUUCUUUCACUCACGGGAUGUUUUUAAAUCUUCAGGAGAACUUCACAGGGGUAUCAAUGAAGGAAGUGAACAGAACAUUCCAGUAGAAAAGAUAUUUUUACACGAGAACUUUGACGAUAUUGACCUACAAAACGACAUCGCUCUGAUAAAAAUGCAACAACCCAUUCUGUUUGGUCAUCACGUGUCACCGAUCUGCCUUCCAGAUUUUGAUUUUGAUGUCGGUACCUCUUGUUAUGUCACUGGGUGGGGAUAUCUGGGACCUUUGGGUUCUCCAUCAGACAUUCUUCAAGAAACCACUGUACCACUGAUGAACCACACGGUCUGCAAAAACCAUUACGUUGGUAUACAAAAUGUGACACCGGACAUGCGCUGCGCAGGAACUCUGGGUCAGAGUCGAGGCACGUGUCGAGGAGACAGUGGUGGGCCGCUAGCCUGUGAAAGAGACGGCCGCUGGUAUUUAAUGGGUGUUACAAGUUGGACAAACGAAGGCUGUAUGCACAACGGUGACCCAGGAGUAUUUUCCGAUACUCUUCAUUUCAGACCUUGGAUUGAAGAAGUCAUGAGAAACAAUACCAAGACAGCUGUUUAGGACGCAAUAGAUUUUGUUCUUCUACAGAGGGUUAAGUGCUAAAAAAAUUAAUCGAGUGCGAGCAGUUUACGACUUUUUUAAGAAAGGUGUCACUGAUUAAACAUGACGCUUUGUAGGGGCACCUCACGACCUUUUCCAGGCUUAUUUGUGUCAUGACUUUUUGAAGUUGUUUUCGCAGUUUUACUUAUAAAUUAAGAGUCACAACAGCCAGGUCUCUCCUCUCCAUUGUUUUUCUGAGGUUCCUGUUCAUUAGCGCACCUAAACAGCUACAAAAUCUAACUAAGUGCAUCUCAAAUAAGCCAUGUUGCCAUGUUUCAAAAUCACCCCAUGCACCGCUCCCUGAGUUUACUGCUCGUUCUUCAAGAGUGCCCAUGAGAGGGCGUUGAACAGAAAAACAUAGAUGGAACGUAACCACUAACAGAUGUGUCUUUGAUAAAAUUGUGUCAUUCUAUGGGUGUUAUUACAUGGUAUAAAGGAAGACGAAAAUAGUUACUUUUCAACGCUUGGCGUUUGGGCGACGCAGUUUUUUCUUUUGUUUUACACAGAUACAACUGCAAAUGAACGAAAAUUUUCAUAUAGCUACCUGUAUUUUUAUAAUUCUAUAAUGAAACAAUAUAGAUGAAACAAUCAUAGUAUUUUGAUAAAAUAGUUUUGUUAGUUUUCAUCUAUUAAUGAAAGUGUACCAUCCGUCGUUUCCAGGGGAUGGUCAGGAUCCAUAGGCCUAACAUUAAAGUGUAAAUAGAAAAUCUCGAUAUAUUUAUUUAUUUAUUUAAACAAUUUAUUUCCACUUUGUUCUAAUGCAAAUGAGAGUAUUGGAUAACCCUGUACUUGUAAGGGUUUACCGGC